AUGGCCCGUUCAUUGAUGGCAAAGUGCCUUGCCCUGGCGGCAGCCGCGGUGGCACUCUUUGCUUUGCCCUCAGCUUUCGUUCCUGCCCGGCAGGGUGCUCCGGCUGUGUCGCCGGCAGUUGCGGCAGGAGUGGCUGCGGGGUCCAUGGCAUUGCCAGCUUGGGCCUAUGACAUGCCCGAUGCUCAGAUCCUGUUGGCCCGAGUGCCAGGAGGCAAGCGCACCAAGGAGCUGGGCUUGGUGGUGCCAAUUCCAGAGGAAGAUGGCUUGACCGAUGGUCAGAUCGCUGCUCUCUUUGUAGUUGCCCUGGUUGGUCUCAUUGCAGCAGUGGACCUUGCCAAGACCCUGUACUUCGGCAUCAACCCCACCAAGUUCAAGACUGCCAAGGGCAAGGGCUCCAUCACUCCCUUCAUGAAGCGCCUCAUUGAGAACGGCUACUGA